AUGAGUUUCCGAGGGUUCCAGAAGAGCCUCACCCGGGCGCCGCAACAAUUCAAGGCCAAGUUCAACAUUGGUGAACAUACCAAGGACGCCGUCUACAUCGACGCGGAACGACGAUUCCAAGAACUCGAGACCGAGACCAAGAAGCUCCACGAUGAGAGCAAAAAAUACUUCGAAGCCAUCAAUGGCAUGCUCAACCACCAGAUCGAAUUCUCCAAAGCGAUGACCGAGGUGUACAAACCUAUCAGCGGCCGCGCAUCCGAUCCGGACUCAUUCAAGCCCGAGGGCAACCCGGAGGGCAUCCGAGCUUGCGAGGAGUACGAGGCUGUCGUCAAGGACCUGCAGGAGACAUUAGCACCCGAGUUGGAAAUGAUCGAUAGUAGGGUAAUUCGGCCAGCCAACGAGCUGCUCGAUGUCAUCAAGAUCAUCCGGAAGACGGCAACGAAACGCGACCACAAGCAACUCGAUUUCGAUCGUCACAAUGCGACCCUCAAGAAACUGCAAGACAAGAAGGAGAAGACGCUGAAGGACGAGAAGGCCAUGUACAAGGCAGAGGCCGACGUCGAGCAGGCAACGCAAGACUUCAACUACUUCAACGAUCUGUUGAAAGACGAGCUUCCCAAGCUCUUCGCUCUGGAGCGCCAGUUCAUCCAGCCGCUCUUUCAGUCCUUCUACUACAUGCAGCUCAACAUCUUCUACACGCUGCACGAGAAGAUGCAGCACUGCGACAUUGGCUACUUUGACCUGACUCUCGAUGUCGAGGAGGCAUUUAUGAAGAAGCGGGGUGAUAUCCAAGAGCAGGCCGAGAAGCUCAGCAUUGUCAAAUUCAAGACGACUGGCGGCAAGCGACCGGGGACGGUCUCAAAGUACGGUCGGCCCGCGAUAGAAGGCAAGACCCAGUCAACUAUCACGGCUGGGUCCGCGUCAUCAACCCCCAGGAUAGGCUACCAUCCAACCUCCGAGACCGAUAACCCUCCGCCGCCCUACUCUCCCGGCAACGCCGCAUCGCCGCCCCUCGGCAAGACCGCGACCCCGGGACUCGCCAUGGCGGCCGCUGCCAAGUCGAAACCCCCGCCGCCGAAGCCGAAGCCUGGCCGCCUGAGCGGCGCACCUGUGGCCGAGACGGUGACUGCCCUGUACGAAUACGCAGCCACACAGGAGGGCGACCUCAGCUUCCAGGCGGGAGACGUCAUCGAGAUCAUCACCAGGACACAGAACGCAAACGAGUGGUGGACGGGAAGGUUGAAAGGAAAGCAAGGCCAGUUCCCAGCACAGCGCAUUGGUUUGGAUUAG